AGCAAAGUUACUGAAACCAGGCGGUACCUUUUGCCACUUAUCGUUUCCCCUCGGUCAUAUUUGACUGUUACACUGGUUUGGCACUCGAACCACUGUUGAUAACAUCCUGGAGUAAAUUUUACAACGUGUUUCUCAUACAGGUCAGGUUGCUGUGAUGGCGGUGAAGCUGCAAGGCUUUGAGUUCUGGAAGACCACGCUGAGGGGGGCGCGUUACGUCGUUGCACCCAUGGUGGACCAGAGCGAACUGGCCUGGCGUCUACUGAGCCGUCGCCAUGGCGCCGAGCUGUGCUACACGCCCAUGCUGCACGCGCAGGUGUUUGUACGCGACGCCAACUACAGGAAAGAUAACCUGUACAGCGAAGUCUGCCCCGAAGACAGGCCGCUUAUUACACAGUUCUGUGCCAACGACCCAGAGGUGUUUGUCCAGGCAUGUCUACUGGCUCAGGACUACUGUGAUGCUAUCGAUCUCAACCUGGGAUGCCCACAGAUGAUCGCCAAGAGAGGGCACUACGGAGUCUUCCUACAGGAUGAGUGGGAGCUGCUGGAGAAGAUGGUGAAGCUAGCCAAUGAGAAGAUCUCUGUUCCCAUCACCUGUAAGAUCCGUGUGUUUAACAAGAUGGAGGAGACUGUUCAGUACGCUCAGAUGCUGGAGAAGGCUGGCUGCCAGCUGCUGACCGUUCACGGUCGGACCAAGGACCAGAAAGGACCCGCGACAGGCAUCGCUAGCUGGGAACACAUCAAGGCUGUACGGAACGCUGUUAACAUCCCUGUGUUCGCUAACGGUAACAUCCAACACCUGAGUGAUGUGGAGCAGUGUAUGGAGGAGACUGGAGUACAGGUGAUGAGUGCAGAGGGGAACCUCCAUAACCCAGCUCUGUUUGAGGGUCACAGCCCUCCUGUAUGGGAGAUGGCUGAGGAGUAUCUAGAGGUGGUCAGUCAGUACCCUCCCUGUACCCUGUCCUAUGUCCGAGCACACCUCUUCAAGCUCUGGCACCACACGCUGCAGAUCCACAAGGACCUGAGAGAGGAGCUGGCAAAGGUGAAGAACCUGCAGGGGCUGACAGAGGUCAGCAGACAACUCAGACUACGCUGCCAGGAGGAGAUAACCAAUGGAGGAGAGGAGGCGGGGCAGGUGGUUGGGCUGCCAUUCCCUCAUUGGAUCUGCCAGCCGUACGUCAGACCAGUGCCGAAGGCUCCGGUUGCUAACAGCAACGGUACGGAGGUGAAGGCAGGGUGUCACAAGAGGGCGUUGUCACAGGAGGACUCGGACGGGGCGUGCGAUGCCCUCUCCAAAAACAAACAGAAAAAGAAAGCCAGAAACCCCCACAAGAACUUCUGUCCCGAGCAGAAGCCAAAGUACAUCAAGUGUGAGCAGUGUGGAAAUCCAAAGGGUAAUCAGUGUGUAUUCAACCUGUGUCGAGGCUGCUGUAAAAAGAAGGCCCACAAGGAGGUGGCAGACUGCCCAAGUCACGGGCUGAGGUUCAAGACCAAGGCAGAGAAACAGAAGUCAGAGCGGCAAGAGGAGGACGAGGAGGGAAAGAGCAGAGGGUUACAGGAGGAAGAGGAUGGAGGAUUGUUGAACCCCAGCCCCCCACAGACCCCCAACAGACCCCCAACAGACCCCCACAGAGGACAGACUGUGGCCUGAGACAUGGACUAACAGGGACAUAGACAUCCAUUCAUAUGUAGUACACACACACACACACACACACACACACACACACACACACACACACACACACACACACACACACACACACACACACACAGCAGGAUGUGGAGAACUUUAUCCAUCAACAGUAUACAGAGACACAAGAACGUAUUGUAAGGAACACACAUGUGCAUCCAUACUGUCUCAUACAUACUCACCACUGUCCUCCAUUGCUGCUGUGCUGAACUGGCUUUGAUGGGGUUUCACCACUACGCCCUCCUCCUACCUGACUGACUCGGGGAGUCUUCCUGGACUGAUGUAAUGGAUAGACUCCUCCUACCUGACUGACUGGGGGGAGUCUUCCUGGACUGAUGUAAUGGAUAGACUCCUCCUACCUGACUGACUGGGGGAGUCUUCCUGGACUGAUGUAAUGGAUAGACUCCUCCUACCUGACUGACUGGGGGAGUCUUCCUGGACUGAUGUAAUGGAUAGACUCCUCCUACCUGACUGAUGUAAUGGAUAGACUCCUCCUACCUGACUGACUGGGGGAGUCUUCCUGGACUGAUGUAAUGGAUAGACUCCUCCUACCUGACUGAUGUAAUGGAUAGACUCCUCCUACCUGACUGACUGGGGGAGUCUUCCUGGACUGAUGUAAUGGAUAGACUCCUCCUACAUGACUGAUGUAAUGGAUAGACUCCUCCUACCUGACUGACUGGGGGAGUCUUCCUGGACUGAUGUAAUGGAUAGACUCCUCCUACUUGUUUGACUGGGGGAGUCUUCCUGGACUGAUGUAAUGGAUAGACUCCUCC